ACCUCCCAGGCUGCUCUCCCAAGCCCAGAAGCCAAAGGCCCUGCCUAGCUGCUCCUUUAGGUUUAAAGCAACCAGCAGCUUCCAGCUCUAUGUUGUGCUGCGUCACUUCACAAAAUGAAACUUCGCCCCCCACCAACUCCUCCCUACUGAUUCCUGCGGCCUGGCCCCCACCAUUCCCCCCCUCACCUCAUCCCUUCCAUGUCACCAGUAGCACCACUGCCUGGACUGGAUCGCUCCGUGACCUCAGAAGCUGCCGUAUCCUGAGUCAGGCCCUUGGUCCCUCUAGCUCCGUACAGGAUUGCCUUCACGGACUGGCAGCAGCUUCUCCAAGGCUGCAGGCAGGCCUCUCUCAACCCCACCUGGAGAGGCUGCCAGGGAGGGAGGGAACCUCCACCCACUGUGUCUCUACCCUUCACCUGCCUUGCCUGGCGCCCACCCAGUCCCAGGAGUCACCACCAGCCGCCACUGCUGUCCACACAUACGCAGCUGCCCGCCGAUCAUGAGGAUGGGCAGCUUGUGGGUUAGGUUAGGACAGCAUAGGAAGGAAGCUGCCAUAGACCGAGACAGACCCUUGGUCCCCCUAGCUCAGUAUUGUCUACUCUACCCAGACUGGCAGCGUCUUUUCCAAGGUUGCAGGCAGGACUCUCUCUCAGCCCGAACUUGGAGAUGCUGCCAGGGAGGGAGCCUGGAACCAAGAUGCGCUUCCAGAGAAGCUCCCUCCUCUAAGGGGAAUGUAUUUGACAGUGCUCACACAUCAGGUCUCCCAUCCAUAUGCAACCAGGGCAGACCCUGCUUAGCUAAGGAGACAAGUCAUGCUCGCUACCGCCAGACCAGCUCUCCUGGGUCAUGCCGACACCUUAACCUUGACAAGGAGCUCCACAGAGAGUAGUCCAUUCUCUGUGUGCAAGGCAAUCUCUUUGCGAGAGGAAAUCACCCGGGGGGUCAACACAUACCAGAGAGGGGCCAUGGCCAGCUGCCGGGAUCUCUUCUAUGCAACUGUCGUGGGUUUGCUCUUCAAAGGCAUCUUCACCACUGGAAACACUGACUCAGGCAUCUCUGUGAAGGUGCAAGGGAGCAGUGUCACCCUGGUGUGUAAGCUCCCGGAGGGUGUAAAUGCCUCCUGGACAAAAGAUGGGUUGCCGAUAGAGCCGCCUGCCGCAGGUGGGAAUAAACUGCCCUUGGGUUCCGCCCUGGACGACCCUCAAGGCAUCUACCGGUGCAACGAUGGGACAUUUCUGCAGGUCUUCUUCCGAAUGUGCCAGACCUGCAUCCAUCUGGACGCCGCCACAGUCACGGGGCUUGUGGUGGGCAACAUCUUGGCUACAGUCUUCCUGGCCGUGGCUGUCUACAAAAUCGCUGCGCAGGAGCCGGGCCGGCUGUCCCGAGCUUCUGACAAGCAGAGCCUGCUGGCCAGUGAUCAGCUCUACCAGCCCCUCGGAGAACGCAGCAAUGGAGAGUACAGCCGCCUUGGCGUGGGCAAGGCCCGCCGCCAGUGAGAAGGGGGUGCUGGUUGUUCCUCGCUGUGCCACAAAGAGCCGCCCCCGCCCCGCUGCCCGCGCCUGGCCUGGCCUUCGCCUGCUUGGACUGCUGCUGCUGCUGCCGCCCUGGCUGGGGGCGCGUUCUGGAGGGCCCCUCGGAUCAGCCACUUGCAGGGAUUCUGGCUGCACGCCCAGUGCAGAAGGCGGCCCCUGUGCUGACCGCAGGCCUGCUGGCGAAGAAGAAGGGGAAGCGCUGCUCCCCCCACGCCCCGCUCCACUGCUUGCCCUUCACCGCCCACCAGGAGCAGGAGGCACUUCAGGUGGCUCCUCCCGCUCUCCUGCGCUGCCUGCAGGCCGGCCAUUCCUCAGGUAGAGCUGCCAGGUUAACCCCAAAGGGGGGGGAGCAGGGGGAGCAACCGGAGCCGCCGCUCCUGCCUCCUUUGGCCAAGCCCCAAGUGCUGCCCACUGUAGCUGCUCUGCCCCUAGAGCGAGAGAAGAGCAGCCUCUUCCGCUUGGCCCCUCAGGAGGCUGGAGGCUCUGGCCGUCCCUUCCUGUGCACUUCGGUCAGCAUCUCCCCCAGUUUGGGGAGAGAACCAAGGAGUCUGGUGGGACCUUGCUGGGUGGGCGGUGGGGCCGCCUAGGCACGGCUUUUGGCCUGGGUGGGGCAGGGAGGCGUCUUCAAGAGCCUCCCUCAGUGGCAGCCCCCGGCCCGGAGCAGCAGAACUCUGCCCUGGGCCGACUUCCCUUCUCCGGAGAAGAGGCCGAAAUGCAGCCGCUUCUGCAGCCGCCUGGUUGCUCCUCGCGUCUCUCACCCCUGUGCACUUCAGAUCUGCCUUAAUAAAGCACUUUGCUCCUUG